CCGGCUCCGGCUUUGUCCCCGGCACGGGAGAAUGCGGUGCGCCCAGGAUGCUGCCGCGCCAGAUAGUGAAGCUGGCGGCGCUCCUCAGCCUGCUCCUCGGCUCCCGCGCGCACGAACUGCCUAGGCCUCCGUCUGUGUGGUUUGAAGCGGAGUUUUUCCACCACGUCCUCUUCUGGACGCCCAUCCCAAACCCGUCUGAAAGUACCUAUUAUGAAGUGGAGCUCCUGAAGUAUGGAGUAGAGCCCACCUACUGGAAGCGCAUCCUGAACUGUAGCCAGAUGCUGGUGAUGUCCUGUGAUGUCACUCUGGAGACCCUGGACCUGUAUCGCAGCAACAGUUACCGAGCCAGAGUCCGGGCAGUGGACGGAAGCCAGCAUUCCAACUGGACCUUUCCUGAAACCCGCUUCUCCAUAGAUGAAGUGACUCUGACGGUCGCCAGCGUGAAGCUCGAGAUGCACAACGGUAACAUCGUUGGGGCCAUCCAGCUUCCCAGGCCCAAGGUGGCCCCUGAAGGCGACACGUAUGAAAACAUCUUCCACAACUUCCGGGAGUACCAGAUUGAGGUUCGCAAGGUACCAGGACUCUAUGAGUCCCAUGGCAAGGUCAAAAAUGAAAGUUUCAAACUCCCAAUCCCGAGAGGGGUGGGAGAGUUCUGCGUCAGGGUGAAACCGUCUGUCGGCUCCCGAGUGAACAAAGAGGUCUGGUCCAAGGAGGAGUGCAUCUUGCUCACCUCACAGUAUUUCACAGUGACCAACAUCAGCAUCUUUUCCACCUUCGUCCUGCUGUUCUAUGGAGCCCUGACCUUCUGUCUGAUCUUCCAGCUGUAUGUGCGGCGCCGGGGGAAGCUGCCUGCUGUCCUGGUCUUCAAGAAGCCCAGUCCCUUCAACCUCAUCAGCCAGUUUUCCCACCCAGAGACCCAAGAUGCCAUCCAUAACCUGGACGAGGAGGCCUUCCCCAAGGUGACUCCGGAGCUGAGGAACUCAGACAUGCACGGCAGCACCGACAGUGGCUUCGGCAGUGCCAAGCCAUCGCUGCAGACCGAUGAGCCCCAGUUCCUCCUCCCUGCCUCCGACCCCCAGGCCGGGGGCACUCUGGAAAAGGGGAUGCCCCAGGAGUUGGAGAACAGCUGUGGUAGUGGGGGUAGCAGCAACAGUGCAGACAGCGGGAUCUGCUUGCCAGAUCCCCGCCUGUGUCCCAGCGCGGAGCCCAGCUGGGAGCCGCAGGUGGGGAGCGACAGCCGGGAUCGGGAGGACAGUGGCAUUGGCCUGGCCCAGAACUCUAGGGGACAGCCUGAGGAUGCUCAGGGUGGCUCAGCUUCAGGCCAUGUGAGUCCCCUGGGACCUGAGGAGCCUGCGGAAGAAGACUCAGUGGCAGGGGCCUUCCAGGGCUACCUGAAGCAGACCCAGUGCCCAGAAGAGAAGGCAGCCCAGGCAGGCGGCCUGGAAGAAGAGUCUUCCUCAACAGAGGACCUUGACCCCCAGUGCAGGAUGUGCCUGGAUACUGAGGCGGGCUGGCCUCUACCAGCCCUGGCCAAGGGCUAUGUGCAACAGGACCCCCCAGAAAUGAUUCUUGCUCCUUUGCAGACCCCUGAAGGACAGUGGGACCGACCAACUGAGGACUGGCCAUUCCUGGGCUUGACCAGCUGUGGCGACCUCGGCACAUCUGACUGGAGCUUUGCCCAUGACUUUGCCCCUCUGGAUUGUGUGCCGGCCCCGGGCGGUCUCCUGGGCAGUUUUGACUCAGACCUGGUUACCCUGCCACUGAUCACCAGCCUGCAGUCAAAUGAGUGA